AUGGAGUCGGCCAUCCGCUGGUCCCCGACCUCGUCGGCCACUGAACAACGCUUUCUCUCUGUCGACGUCACACGAAAGUCGUUUCGUCUAUGCAGGGUGAACGGUUAUGACGGCAAGACGUUGCGCCACGAAGUCUUGUCCACCCUCACCAAUGUUCCUGGCUUUCGCGCGUUCGAUUGGUCCACAUCCAAUGAGAACCUAAUUGCUGUCGGCCAGUCCUCAGGCGAGGCCACUAUCUUGCGUCUUGACGGUGAUGCCAAAGAAGCUCUCUCAUUCCCGGUGCGCAAUCAGCGCUACUGCAACGCAGUUGCAUUCAGUACGCACGGGCUCGUGGCAUCCGGUCUUGAUCGCGUCCGCAACGACUUUUGCUUAAACAUUUGGGAUGUCAAUCAACGCCUCAGUCCUGCUGGCGGGAGUAAAGGCUUCACCGAACCGUUGAGAAAGCUGGCUAGCUCUGAGCCUAUAACCAGUAUCAAGUUUUUCAGGGAUCAGCCUGAUACUAUUGUGACCGGUGUUAAGGGUCAAUUUAUUCGAAUUUACGAUCUGAGAGAGGGACCUGGUAACCCAUCAUUACAGUACUCCACUCGUUGCGUCCACAAUCUGGCCAUUGAUUGGCUUGAUGAAAACUACAUUGCUUCGUGCAUUCCAUCUAAUGAAAGCACGAUCUGCGUGUGGGAUCGCCGCGUUGGAACCCGACUGACAUCUCCAGCCGUCGGCUCCUCUGCGGCUACCGCAGAAUCGGGCCAAACAACAGCUGCGCUCCAACUGAAGAAUGUCUUCCAUUCGAAAGCUUCUAUCUGGAGUCUGCGGUUCUCAAAGACCAACCGAGGCAGUCUGGCUGCAUUAUCCAGCACUGGUCAUUUCAAGCAUUAUGAACUUGCGAAAGAUUACCUGCCAGAGGAAUAUCGUUCCUCCAUAGAUGAGACCCUUGGGCAAGGGUCUUCCAGAAAUUAUCCAGAAUCAGUCUACACCAAGAACGUCCGUGAUGUGUGUGUGCCCUUUGAUCAUCCAACUCGAGGCUGCAGUCUGAAAGAUCGUGUCGUUUCAUUUGAUUUCCUCAACCUCAAUCUGACCGCUCAACCGAGCGCGAUCGCGCUAGACGGCAACGGAACUCCCCAAAUAAUUACCGCUCAGCCGCCUUGUGCCCCAGUCCAUUUAUCCUCACAAAGUGUAUUGGCCUGCGGAAGAUCAUCAAAUGACUCGGAUGUGAGAUCAAUCCACCCUCUCUGUGACCAAAUCUCGCCCAUCUCGGAUUUGAUUGGGAAUAUCAGAUCACGCGUCUGUUUCAGCUCGCAGGAGCAUAGCGCGAACUCAAACGGCCAACUUUUUGUUUCGAGAAAUCUACAGCCUGAACCCAUAUCGAGUCAUGAGCAUCGGGAACGAACCAUGGCCUUGGGAUCGAUGGGCGUCCCUCUCACGGCCAAAGAGGCACUUACCCUCGGUGCAGUCAACAAGUCUCGGUGCAAAGAAGGCUACCUGUUUGACGAGACUCGAAACCGCAAAGUGGUGGCCGACGAUCAAGCUCUGCAAGACUUUUGGAGUUGGGUUGAACGUGCCCGGACAGACUCUUCCGGAACGUCGAUGGUAUUGAAUGGCCUAGAUCUCAAUUAUCUAGGAGUCGCCAAUCUUUGGAACAACGAUCUGGGGCAUGGCUUGGAACAACGCCUUAUCAAUGCUAAGAGCGACGACGCCAAGACCGUUGCGGAGGCUGUCGCAAGUUUGACAGAACAAUUAGACCUCCCCGAGACAAAGGGAUGUGAUACAGCUUAUCCCAGCCAUCGGCGUCUCUGUCUUCGUCUCUGCGGGGCAACACAAUCCUAUCGUGAAUUGGAACAGUCGGUGAAGACGCUUUCUGCCAACAACCAGCACACAAAAGCUGCUGCACUUGCUGUCUUCCAGGACGAGCCUAAGUUGGCUUAUCUUGGACUACGAAGCAACAAACCCACUCAAGCCCACAAACUACUGGCUAUGGCGAUCGCCGGUGCCUCCAAGGGGGACAGCGAUACAGACUGGGAAGAGACCUGUGCUGAGAUUGCCAAGGAGCUCAUCGACCCUUAUGCUCGGGCAAUCUUGGCCCUCGUGAGCAAGGGUGAUUGGAACGCAGUCAUCAAGGAAACAACACUGCCUCUCAAAUAUCGUGUCGAGGUCGCGCUACGCUGGCUCCCAGAUGAUGAACUCGGUGUCUACCUGAGAGACGCUACCGCUGAAGCUAUUCGACAAGGCGACAUCGAAGGAGUCGUGCUUACGGGCUUGGGAUACCUGGCCAUGGGUCUAUUCCAGUCUUACAUUGGACAAUUCAACGAUGUCCAAACCCCAGUUCUGGCAAUGAGUCACACCGUGCCACGACUUGUGAACAACCAAAAACACGUCAUCCAAUUCGAAGCCUGGCGCGAAACCUACCGGCGUCAAAUGAACUCUUGGAAACUCCAACUCGAACGUGCCCGGUUCGAUGUUGGCUCCCGCCGUUUCGCAGUGACAGCGGACGGCCGCAAACUUGCACCAACGCCACCGCAGCAAGUCAGCCUUACAUGCAAUUAUUGUACUAACCCGCUCACACAGCAUGACGCUUCGUCCCAAUUGUCUCCGUCCGCCAAAGGCACGGAGACUGUACACCCCACAGUGGGCAAUCCACUGGCCUCAGCCACUAUGUCUGGAACCGUGUGCCCGCGCUGCGGUCGACACAUGCCUCGCUGUGGAGUCUGUACUCUUUGGUUAGGAUCGCCGGACCCAAUGUCACGCGCGAGUAUCGCCGCCGAUGCAGAGGCUUCUCGUAAGAACACCGAGGCGGAGGUCAUGCGACGGUUUGUCGUUUUCUGUAUUCAUUGCAAUCAUGGAUACCAUGCUCACCAUGCGGGCGAAUGGUUCAAGCGGCAUAAGGUCUGCCCUGUGGCCGAGUGCAACUGUAUUUGCGAUCGGUGA